GCAGAAGAUGCGAGAUGCAAACUUCACCGUGGCAUCCAUCCACGGCGACAUGCCGCAGAAGGAGCGUGAUGCCAUCAUGCAGCAGUUCCGCUCGGGCACGAGCCGUGUUCUCAUCUCGACCGACCUGUGGGGUCGAGGUCUGGAUGUGCAGCAGGUCUCUCUGGUGAUUUGCUACGACCUGCCCAACAACCGAGAGCUGUACAUCCACCGAAUCGGUCGCUCUGGCCGUUUCGGAAGGAAGGGUGUCGCCAUCAACUUCGCUCCAGCCUGA